AUGUCUGGAUUAGAGCCAGAUUAUGAAGAGAAUGAGUAUGGCAAUAUCAUUCGCCGCGCCCCGGUCAACUAUCCUUCUCGGCUUAUGAAUCACUCGCCUGAGCCUGAAGCUACGAAGGAGUACUGUCCUCUAAGGGCCCUUAGCGAUAAUGAGGGAAUGAGAAAGAAAUCUGUGAGUACAUUGCUGGUCCUUGGUUGCAUAUCUAGCGCUAUUGAUGCCGAUUCCUAGCCCGAAAAUCUCGACAGAGCGUGCAAGGAGACCAUUGAGAACACCAAGCGAGCGAACAAGUAA